AUGUCUGGCCGCGGGAAAACGGGAGGGAAGGCGCGAGCGAAGGCGAAAUCCCGCUCUUCCAGAGCUGGGCUGCAGUUUCCCGUGGGUCGAGUUCAUCGGCUUCUACGGAAGGGCAAUUACGCCGAGCGGAUUGGCGGAGGGGCCCCGGUAUACUUGGCUGCUGUGCUCGAGUAUUUGAGCGCGGAGAUUCUGGAGCUCGCCGGCAACGCCGCGAGGGACAACAAAAAGAGCCGAAUCAUCCCGCGGCAUUUGCAGUUGGCGGUGCGCAACGAUGAAGAAUUAAACAAGUUGUUGGGGGGAGUGACGAUCGCCCAGGGUGGCGUCUUGCCGAAUAUCCAUGCGGUUUUGCUGCCGAAGAAAACCGAAAUCCUGCAUAGCGCCACUAGUAGCAAGCCCACCACCAGCGUGAGCAAGUCUGCCAAGGUGCCCAAAGUCGCGGUCAAGCCGACGACCGCGCCUGUUGCUGUUCAGUGAAGACAAAAUAACAGCCCUGGCCCGGGGGACAAUUCUGAGACCCAAAGGCUCUUUUCAGAGCCACCCCACAGGCUUUUUGGAAGAGCUUUUCACUGCGCUAAAGAAAUUCGCAAAAACUCA